AUGGCGGGCGGGAAAGAGGUGAGGAAUCUGGAGCAAUGGGAGAUUGGGGGCGAUGGGGGCGCGGCGGUGGUGGAUGGAGUGCAGUGCUGCUGUUUAAGCAACCUGACUGAUCCUCCAACAUUCAUCUUACUUACUCACGCGCAGCUUACUGAACAAGUGCAAGCGCUGCAGAGGGACAAGGAGAUACUCAAGACCAACCUGAACAAAGCAGAGGAGGAGGUUAAGUUGCUGUUUGAGGAGAACAGAGCCCUCGACGAAGCAAACAAGAGGCUGCUGUGCUUGCUGGAGAAGGAGCAGAAGCAUCGGUCCGAAAGAAAGCACUCCGCCAGUAAUUCCACCAAGGUAAAAAGCACCAACCAACCAUAA